AUGCCGCGGGGCCCGGAGGUCCCGGUGCAGGUGUGGGUGGACAGCCAGCUCUUCCAAGCCGACCAGGCCCUGCUGGUGGAGCACUGCGGCUUCUUCCGCGGCCUCUUCCGCUCCGGCAUGCGCGAGGCGCGCGCGGCUGAGGUCCGCCUGGGCGCGCUGAGCGCCGGCGGCUUCCGCACCACGCUGCAGGUGCUGCGCGGCGAGCGGCCGGCGCUGGAGGCGGAAGAAGAGCUGCUGCAGGCCGUGGAGUGCGCUGCCUUCCUGCAGGCGCCAGCGCUGGCGCGCUUUUUGGAGCACAGCCUCACGUCGGACAACUGCGCGUUGCUGUGCGACGCGGCCGCCGCCUUCGGGCUGGCCGACGUGUUCCACAGCGCCGCGGUCUUCAUCCGCGACGGCGCGCGCGAGCUGGCGGCCGAUCUGGCGCUGCCCGAGGCCCGCGCAUACGUGGCGGCGCUGCGGCCCAGCAGCUACGUGGCCCUGAGCGCGCACACGCCCGCGCCCGGCUUUCUGGAGGAUGCGUCGCGCACGAUGUGCUACCUAGACGAGGAGGAGGACGCUUGGCGCACGCUGGCCACGCUGCCCCUGGAGGCCAGCACGCUGCUGGCAGGCGUGGCCACACUGGGCAACAGGCUGUACAUCGUGGGGGGCGUGCGGGGCGCCAACAAGGAGGUCGUGGAGCUGGGCUUCUGCUACGACCCCGAGGGUGGCACGUGGCGCGAGUUCCCCAGCCCGCACCAGCCGCGCUACGACAUGGCGCUGGUCGGCUUCGACGGCCGCCUCUACGCCAUUGGCGGCGAGUUCCAGAGGACGCCCAUGAGCUCCGUGGAGCGCUACGACCCGGCUGCGGAGUGCUGGAGCUUCGUGGCCGACCUGCCGCAGCCGGCUGCAGGCGUGCCCUGCGCCCAGGCUCGCGGCCGCCUCUUCGUGUGUCUCUGGCGCCCGGCCGACACGACGGCCGUGGUGGAGUACACAGUGCGAGCCGACACGUGGCUGCCGGUGGCCGAGCUGCGGCGCCCGCAGAGCUACGGCCACUGCAUGGUGGCCCACCGCGACAGUCUCUACGUGGUGCGCAAUGGACCUUCCGAUGACUUCCUACACUGUGCCAUCGACUGCCUCAACCUGGCCACGGGCCAGUGGACGGCGCUGCCGGGCCAGUUCGUCAACAGCAAGGGAGCGCUCUUCACGGCGGUGGUGCGCGGCGACAUCGUCUAUACCGUCAACCGCGUGUUCACGCUGCUCUAUGCCAUCGAGGGCGGCACCUGGCGGCUGCUCAGGGAGAAGGCCGGCUUCCCACGGCCGGGGUCCUUGCAGACCUUUCUCCUGAGACUGCCUCCUGGCGCCUCAGGGCCUGUGGCCUCCACGACGCCGGAACUGUGACCCCUGGGCUGGGCUGUAGCAGGCGACGCCCUGAGUCUUCCCUGAGCAAUGGCUGAGUCUAUGGGGCUGGCCUUGGGAGCUUCUGGGAACGUCUCUCUCCCUGGUUGAAACUUCCGGGUCGUGUGACUUCUGGUAAUAUGGACAUGUCCAAGAAGCUCAGGGAGCAACGAGGACG